AUGAACAUCCUCAUCGUGGUCCAGCUCCUCAACAGCGAGUACGAAAUUCAUCACAGUCAGAGAACACUUAACACUCGCAUUUUCAAAGGCCCCGGGCCUGAGGGGCGGUUCCAGGUCCCGUACGUCUCGGGCCUGCAUCUGAGCCUGCCUCUUCUUAAAGACAGGCUCUCCGUGGCCUUGAAAACACGCCUCGGAGUGGGGGCUCUUUGCCCGGCAGAGAGAGCGGUCCUCGAAACCGCGCUCAUCGAUCUGCACGGCGAUCUGCCGCGGCGUCCGGCGACGGCAAGCCGCGGUGGAGAGAAGCCGUCCAAGUGGGCGCAAGUGCGCGACUUGCUCUUCCGGUCAAGGGCUCUCGACUCAGAGGAGACUGCGCUGGGGCGCCUAGCUCGAUUGGCCGGCGACAUGUACUCGGAAGACCUGAUGAGGAGGUUCGGGCUACACGAAUGGUCCCACGUCGAGCAAGGGUUCGGCCGUGAGUGGGCGCGUUUCCUCCCGUGCUCCGUGUUCGGGCCGCUGCUCUUCGACAGCGGCGAGCACUACCGCGAGCCGACAUGCUAUGUCAAAAUCUGGGUCCACGACAUUGCCGCGAGGAACGGCGCCGGGCUCGGCCUUGCGCCACGCAACUUCGUCUCCAUCCCGGCGCAGGGAUGGGCCCUCGACCACCUCGCCUUUCUGACUGCCGCCGUCGGCCUCGACGAGAAGGACAACCAGGGCCUCUCGCUGAUGCACGCCGCAAUUCUGGACCGGAGGCCGGACGUUGUCCGGCAACUCGUUGUGCGCGGGACGCUCGAGUCGGGAUCCACUCCGCUGUCCCUGGCCAUUGCCUACCCGGAGGUCGGCGACGCGGCCGAGUUUCUAGCGCGAUAUCCGGGCGUCAGGAGAUAUCCCCUCUUUCGUUCCCUUCUCUCCAUUGUGCCCGGAGAGCUGAUCAACGCGAAGGACGAGAACGGCGAGACGCCGCUGCACAUUCUUGCUCGCUACGGCGACCGGGAGACGAUAGAAGCGGCCCUGGGGGUUUCGGAGAUCAACCCGGACUCGGCGGCGGAUGAUGGGGCCACGCCACUUGCCAAUGCCGUGAUGGAGGCUAGGGUGGAUGUGGUAAAGAUCCUUGCCGCCCGCCGGGGGGUCGAUAUCAGAUCGUUGCGGCGACCCUUUGGGCCGCUUGACAUGUCGCCUCUGGAUUACGCAAAGCAAGGGGCUGAAAGGAAGGAUGUGGGUGUAGAGUAUGUCGAGGUUUUGGAGUUCUUGAGGGAGUGUUUCAAGGGACUUGGGGAAAAUCUCGACGAGUGCCCGUCAGAUGAAUGGGAUGGAGAGACAUGA